AUGAGACAGAAACCAUUAGAAGAAACAUCAAGGGAUUUUGAAUCCCAAUCUGUGACUGCCGCUACAGUUAAUACUCCUAUUACUCCUAUUACUCCUAGAACUACUCAAAAAUUUUACAUGGAUAACAACCACAAAGAAGAAAAGAAAACUAAAUUACCAAUUAGAGAAAAAAUCAGUUCAUUCAGAACUGAAACUUACAACAUAGCCAACAGACAUACAUGUAUCAAAGUGUUGAGAUUCAAACGCAACAAAUCCGAGAGUUCUUUCGAAGUCUCGAGAGUCAGGAAACAUGUGUUCAAGCCAGGCGAUGAAAUUGAAAAUUAUAUUGAUUUAUAUGCACGUAAAGAAACUACCCCCCCACCGCUACCUCCUCCAAUACAAGGAUUUUUGAACGCUGCUGUUGGAUCAGUUCCUCCACCACCAGCUCCUCCACCUCCAUUGCCUACUGGCCAUUGCACCACGGACCAGCUCCUCGACCAGCUCCUCCUCAUCGAACGCCACCGUCAACGCCACAGUUUAUGGAAAGAUCGCAACUGA